UCCCAAUCAAGUAAAUCUCAAUCUCUCCCAACAACCACAUCACAUCCAUCACAAUGGCCGGAAAGCAAGUAGCUACCUUUGGCGGUAUCGCCGCCGUCGGUGCGGGUGCCUACUACCUGUACAGCGCCGGAGGAGACCCCAAGCUCGCAGAGAAGAAGAUGGAGCACGAUGCCGCAACUGCCGCACGAAAGGCGAGAGGCCAGAUGCCCGGCGCACAACACGAGGCCAAGAAGGCCGGCGAGGAGGGCUACGAGACAGUACGCGCAACAGCUCAGCAAUACGCCGAGAAAGCAAAGUCGCAAGCAAAGGACGCCGAAGUGAAGCUCGACGCAUACAGCGCAGACGCACGGAAGAAGUACGAGGACGCCAAGGUCGAGGCUGCCAGGGACUUCCAGCAGGGCAAGCAUGAGUUCAACGCUGCGGUGGACAAGUUCGACCAGAAGGUUCUCCAGGAUGCGGCCAAGACGAAGAGCUGGUUUGGCUCGUGGUUCGGUGGAAAGUAAGCGUGGUGUUGAGGAUGUAUAGGUAACUGUAUGAAAAGGACAUGACUUUUACGGAUGAUAUUGCAUCUGCUGUUUAGCAUUGGAUACUCAGGCUCGAACAUCAACGAAUUAUAUGACGACGUUCAAGUUGGUGUACUUGGUCGUGGGUGUGAUUGUACAUAUGAUAUGAUAAAUCUCUACUCCC